AUACGAAGAAUUAACAGCAGCUGUAGAAGAAGAAACUAGACGUGAUUGCAAAGUAUGUAAUCUGUUGUUGCUUGUAAACGUUUCCAUUUGUGCUCCUCCAAAUCAACUAAAAUUCAAAAAAUCCAUUCUUCAAAGUUCAAUUCUUCUUGUGGGUUUGAAUUCAAAAGGCGUGACGAAUUGUUUCCAUCGCUGCUGUACUCCGAUGCUAACGUUUGUGCUGCAACGCGUGUCACAGAUUACGCCUGUGACACGUGUCAGGUGGUACUGUCACAACAGCUUACCUGUUCUCACACUGUACUCCAAGGAUCCAUGUCCUCUGUGCGACGAAGCCAAAGAAGCUCUGCAGCCCCUCAAGCACAAAUUUGUCCUGCAGCAGGUGGACAUCAGUCAUCCGGAGAACCAAGUUUGGCGAGACAAGUACAAGUGGGACAUUCCUGUCUUCCAUCUGAAUGGUCGCUUUGUCAUGAAGCACCGCGUGGAUGUCAAAUUGCUUGACAAGCUGCUGGACGACCACCACAGUGACCAAUCAUGCAAACAAGGAAUUGAUGAACAAAUAAACACAUGAAGACAAAGUCA